AUGCUACACGCUUGGGUCCGGUUACGCGACGGGGAUGGGAGGAGUUUUCGUCCACAACAAGACACGGUGGAGGAGUUGAUCGAUUACCUUCAGCGACGCAUUCGUAUGCUGAAGUCUCUUCCAGCGAAGGCAGCAGAAUCAAGAGGCGCUAUCCAGUGGCAGCAAUCUGCUAAAUCCAAGGCUUCCAAACAUCAAGAGCAGAUUCAGCACCACUCAGGCGGUAGGAAAACGAUGUGUACGGCUGCGGACACGGUUGUGGGACAUGGAUCUACUCGACAGGCAAAGGUACUGUUGGCGACUGCUGUCGUGAUUGUCGAGGACAACAAUGGACAUCGUUAUCCAGCUCGCGCUCUUUUAGACUCUGGAUCGGAGAGCAACUUUGUGACUGAAAGCCUCAGUCAACGGAUGAAGGUCAGACGCAGCAAGGUAGAUGUCAAGAUUCAUGGGAUUGGCCAGGCAGUUACCAAGGUUAGGCAGCAGCUUGAGGCCACCGUUCGAUCGAGUCUGACGGAAUUCUCUCAGCGCAUGAGUUUCCUCGUUCUACCUAAAGUAACCGUCAACCUACCGACUUCAUCGAUCAACAUUGAGGAGUGGAACGUCCCAGAUGGAGUCGAUUUGGCCAAUCCAUCAUUCAAUGUAAGCGGGCGGCAGAUUUCAUUGGGAGAUCGACUGCCGGCCCUUAAUGAGUCCGUUUUCGGUUGGGUCGUUUGUGGAGGAGCAUCGGUUUCCAACCAAUCGCUGAACAUCAGCUGCAACGUGUCGGCUUCAGAAGCUCGAUUUUGGUCCUGCGAGGAGGUCGGAGUUACCGAAAACUAUUCGCCACACGAAGCGCGUUGCGAGGAGCACUUUGUUCGAACGGUCCGACGUGGGGAGGACGGCCGUUAUACCGUUUCGUUGCCGAAGGAUGAAGACAUUUUGGGUCGAAUUGGCCAAGUCAAGGGGAUUCGCAGUUCGUCGUCUUCAAAGCACGGAGCGCAGGUCGAGAUAGCUCAAAUUCAACCGAAACGCAGCUAUCUACCACACCACCCGGUAGUUAAGAAAGCCAGUACUACAACCAAGGUUUGUGUUGUGUUCAAUGCUCCAAGCGAAACGUCGACAAGGGUGACGUUGAAUGAUGCACUGCUAGUGGGACUCAUCAUUCAAGACGAUCUACGAUCGAUCAUUAUGCGGAGCCGGACAAAACAGGUAAUUCUUGUGGCGGGAGUCGAAAAAAUGUUUCGACAAGUCCUGGUGUGUGAGGAAGACAGACCCUUGCAAUCCAUUUUGUGGCGAUCAUCACCGGAGGAGGAAAUCAGCGUGCUUCAGCUGAAUACUGUCACGUACGGCACGAAACCAGCACCCUUUUUGGCUACAAGGGUUUUGAAGCAGCUCUUAGACGACGAGGAAGAAGGGUACAUGGACGACGUGAUAACUGGCACAAACGAGGUGGACGAAGCGGUAGAUUUGAGGAAGCAGCUACAAGGUGUAAUGGAGUCUGGAGGAUUCAAACUCCGGAAGUGGGCAUCCAAUCAUUCGCAGGCGCUGCAUAAUGUUUUAGACACCGAUUUAGCAUUGCCGUCUACGGAGAUUUGUCUUGAUCCAGAUUCGUCGGUGAAAACGUUUGGACGAACUUGGAUGCCGGGUACGGAUACUCUACGAUUCCAAUUCAACGUUCCACCGUUAGAUAAAGCAGAAACUCUGACCAAGCGCAAGGUUCUGUCUAUUAUCGCGACCCUUUUCGAUCCGCUAGGACUCAUCGGUGCUGCCAUUACGGCGUAUAAGGUGUUUAUGCAGAUGUUGUGGACUCUGAAGAACGAAGAUCAAGAACGUUUAGAUUGGGAUCAGCAGCUUCCCAAAACGGUGGGUGAGACGUGGAGAUCGUUUCAUCAACAACUUCCAAUUCUUAACCAGAUCCGGAUCAGCCGAUGCGUCAUUAUCCCGGAGGCAACACGGAUAGAACUCCAUUGUUUUUCGGACGCCUCGGAGAAGGCAUAUGGAGGUUGUAUCUACGUUCUGAGUGAGGAUCCUCAUGGCACGGUGGUAGUGCACCUGUUCGCGUCAAAAUCGAAGGUAGCACCGUUGAAGAGUCAGACAAUCCCGAGGUUAGAGCUGUGUGGUGCACUAUUGACUGCGGAGAUGUAUGACAAGGUGAAGAAGCCAUCAGACUUCCAUUGCCUGUACAUUUCUGGACGGAUUCUACAUGCGCAAAAAUUCAACGGUGGACGAAAGGUUUCCAGUGGCGUCAUGUUCCGGGAGUUCACAAUCCUGCGGAUUCGAUCUCCAGAGGAAUCACACCAGAAAACAUUGCUGAGAAUAGUUUCUGGUGGCAUGGUCCUGGUUGGCUGA